ACUUUAUUUACAUGACCAUUAACUACUAGUUUGCAAAGUCGUUAAAUCUUAAGAGGAAUAUAUAUACAUAAAUAUCUACAUUAUUUUUGCUGAAGUUAUCAUGAUGUACGCAUUCCUGACAAUUUGGCUUAUUUUCUUGCGCAGUUUACUAACGGUGCGUUCUGAAACAGUUUGUUCUUCUGAGGAUUUGACGUUGAAUUGGAACAAUAUUGGCAAAGAUGACGCAGAUUCUUGGAAUCUUUGUACAGAUAAACCACCCGGCGAUGCAAAGCUUUGGCCUUCUGUUGGAAAUGGUCACGUAGCAACGGUUGUCCAUAGCAACACCGUAUAUAUGAACGGAUUAUACAACGGUAACGGGACGGAUUCGACACGAGCCAGAAUUCCCGCUAUGACGUCAUUAAAUGUCAGCAAAAUAAAUCUUCCAUAUUCAAAGAUUUCUUAUUGUCUUCAGUUGGAUAAAGGCAUAUAUGUGGAGACUUACCAAGGUGAUCACUGGACCAUGGAAUUAAAGAUAUAUGCUCACAGAACUAUGUCCAGAUUGCUGGUUACCGAACUCACUGUCCAGGCAAACGGGAACCAUUCCAGAUUGUCCGUAUCUUUGGACGUUAAGAAAGGAAAUGACAGCGUAGAUAUAGAUUUUACAAGUACACCUAGCGGACUAAACGAUACCAUGUAUAUGCAUGGAUUAACGAAGAUUGCUGAAACUCCGGAAUCAGGACGGACGCCAGUCCACGUGUAUUAUAGUCGGGUUCCGAACAGCUUUGUUAUAGGGGCGGGAAAAACUACAACAGUUAAACACACUUUUCUUAUGGCUGUCGGUCGUUAUAAGGAUGAAACUAAGAAAUUUUACAUACAAGGCAUUGAAAUGAAGCUUAACGAUACUUUGGAAUCAUCUCAUAGGAACGCUUGGCACGAGGUUUGGGACGCUGGUCGAGUUGACAUUUACGGCAACACCUACCUGUCGGCAGUGACCUAUAGUUCGCUGUAUUAUAUAUUUAGUGCGAUGCCGACGGUUGAGGAAAAGACUUGGCCUUUCGUAGGAUUGUCACCGGCGGAUUUAGCUCAUGACGGUUAUAAAGGACACAUCUUUUGGGAUCAGGAUACAUGGAUGUUUACGCCUAUAUUACUACUCAAUUCUGAUCUAGGAAGGACGAUAGUUAACACACGUAUUCGUGUGCUCGAUUCUGCCAAGGAAUAUGCGAAACGAACCUCUUUUGCCGGAGCGAGAUUCCCUUGGGAAGGCGCUUUGUCAGGGUUAGAUGUGACGCCAAGUAGACCGUGCGGGGAAUACGAGGUGCAUAUAUCCGGUGACGUAGCGCUUGCUUUUCAACAGUACCUAAUGACUACAAGAGAUGUGCAAAUGUUAAAAACCGGACGUAUUGAGGAGGCCAUAUUUGAUAUAGCGGACUUUUGGAUAUCUCGCACUGUAAACAAUAAAACACAGAACGUAUAUGAAAUUACAGAUGUGAUGCCGCCUGAUGAGUACCACUAUCCCGUAAACAACUCCGUUUAUACCAACUUCCUCGCUCAAAAAUCAUUGUUACUUCCAUCAUACGUUUGUGAAUUAACCGGAUGUCACGUGCCACCAAAGUAUGCGGAUGUUGCGCGUAGAAUUAAAAUUCCAUUUGAUAGCAGCCGACAAUAUCACCCCGAGUUUGACGGCUAUAACACCAGUAUUACAGUAAAACAGGCAGAUGUUAUAUUGUUAGGAUGGCCAUUGGAGAUGAACAUGUCUGAAGAAAUAAGACGAAAUGAUCUUGAAAUAUAUGCAAAGGUGACGCCAGGAGGGCCCGCCAUGUCAUGGGGAAUGUUUACCAUUGGAUGGCUAGAGAUUGGAGAAUUGGACAAGGCCAAUACAACAUUUUAUGAUCAAUUAAAGAACAGGCGGGAUCCAUUUAAUAUUUGGACGGAGAACGCUGAUGGCAGCGGCACGACAAAUUUUAUUACUGGCAUGGGAGGUUACUUACAUUCACUUAUCUUUGGCUAUGCAGGGGUUCGGUUUAACAAGGAUAGUCUUUCAGUAAACUGUUCACCGUUUCCUGAUACCUCUUCGUAUAGGCUGAAAGACAUUGACUAUAUAGGGAAUUCCAUAGACGUCACGUGCGAUGACGUCAGCACAAAACUGACUCUUGUCCGCGGAACUGGCAUUGUUAAAGUAACAUUGUCGACCACAGGGCAAACACUUGAUCUAAAAAUUGGAACACCAGUCUGUGUGCCAAGACAAAAGCUUAUUAUCACGGUCACGGAGGUUUCAGAGACGCGCAUGUCAACAAACAUCCCUCCUACUACUACUACUACUGCUGCUACUACUGCUACUACUUCUAUCAUAACAACAACAACAACCACUUCAGUGUCAUCAACGGUUAGAGAUGCGUCGUGUAUAAUGUGUCAACCAAUUCUGUGGACAUGUUUUCUCUCUGUCUUAGUAGUCUUGUCGAAUGUUUUAAUAUAAUUUAAAACAGAUCUCGUCAUUUUUACCUUCUUUUUUAAAUUGACACAAUAUUGUUCUAUCCUGUUGUGAACUAUGUUUUUAUGUUUGUGCUGAAGUAUUUUUUGUUUGAAAGUAUUAUAAACUAAAUGUAGAAAUGCAUAUUUAUGUGCGUCGUUUUAUAGUGGUAUCAAACACCACAUUAAACCAAAACCAAAACAAACAAACAGUUUUGCGUUGAUGAGGCGCAUUUAUUUGGGUAACAUGGACAUAGUUUAUGCAAUAACAUACUAGUAUACAGUAGUUAUUAUUGUUGUUUACCAAAAUAUAUUGUGAUAUAAUAAAGAUAAAUUUACAAAAUGUAUUCAUAAUGAUAAUAAAUUAAAUAAUCCGCUACUUAUAAUUACCUUUAUAAAAUAAACUUGAAUUAACUCUGGGAAACAG